AUGGAUCCUGCAGACGCGGGGGUCUGCCUUGAUGUGGACGACGAUGGGCUCACCCACAUCUGGACCAAUCCAGUAGUUCCCUUCAUGCUACCCUCCGUGGAAGAUGACUUUGAAGAAGAUUCUUCCAUCUCAUAUUCUACCGGGUCGAAGCGCAAGCGUGACACUGUGACAGCACCCGCGCAGAAACGUCCGGCUACUGAGGUCACUGCACCUUCCCCUCCUUGGCACGAAGGUCCUGCUGCUCAUUGCAACUGGUCACGCGACUGCACCCCUAUCAUGGAUAAGUAUCUCCUGACUCGCGUAAGCACCGAAGAGCCCGAAGACCCCGGGGAACUUGCUGCUGCGCGCCCGUUUGACUGGGCCCAUGCUCUUCACGUAAUGGCUCCCCUGCAGCCCCUGGAUCUGCCUGGCAGCUCCAACAGAACCAGCAGCCAGCGUGUUUGGGAGUCGCACCGCCCCUCUAACUUGAACUUCAUGAUUUAUGAAGACUCACCGGACCAGGAGACACCAAACCCCAGCCCUCUACAGGAAGGCUUUCACCCUCUGGAAGAGGAUAAAGAAAACAUCUUUGUUUCUCGCUCUGACUUUGAUAGCUCCGAUGAAGAAGAGGAGGAGACUCACCCCGGCCUCGCUUGGAAUGAAGCUUCUAUCGGACCUCGUGAUGCCUUCGGCCUCCCACUCAAUCGCGAUAUGUCCGAUUUCGUCCAGCCUCGCGACACUCCAUUCCCCGAGCGUCCCAUGCGCCCCGGCCGAGAGGUUCUGCAAACCAUCUGGGUUGACGAGACACAAGUCCCCGAGGAAGAUGAGCGUUGGCUGCAUGAUGGUAGUCUGACCGAUACCCAGAUUCGGGAGAUUGAGGAUAUUGAAACAAGUUACCAACGAGGACAACUAAGCAGAGCCCGCUCUAACCGCCACCAGGCUUUGCGUGAUGAUGCUCCUGUCCAGGCCCCCACUAACUUCCACAAUGAUGUUCGUCGCGUCCUUCAUUUCCAGCGACGCGAGGGUCAGUCUACUACUCCCGAGGAUAGCCCUGUCCCUCGCGAGGAAGACGAGGACGAGUUCCAGCAGGAAGACCAGGACCAGCAGGAGCAGGGCCAGUAA